AUAUUCUUGAUCAGCGUAAAAAUUGCCAUCAUUGCCUGUGCUGCUGCCAAGCCUGGUUUGGUUGGUACUCCUUUGGCUUACACAGCACCCGCUGCUGUUGUUGCUGCUGCCCCAGCUCCAUUUGUCACUGCCACCAGUAGCCAAUAUGUUGCCCGUAACUACAAUGGUAUUGCAUCGGCCCCCAUUGUUGCUCCCGUUGCUACCCCUGUUGUAGCCAAAGCAGUUGCUGCUCCAAUUGUUGCCAAAACUUUCGCCGCUCCCGUAGUUGCUGCCUACACCGCCCCUGUUGCUGCCGCUUACACUACCCCUGUUGUUGCCAAAUAUGCUGCCACCUAUGCAGCUCCUUUCGCAUACUCUGCACCCUUGACUUAUGCUGCUGCCCCAGCUCCAGUUUUGUUUUAAAAAGUUUGUG